UGGGAAUUGAUCUGCAUAUAUACUCAGAAAUGUUUUGCCACCUGAGACCUGUGAGGAGGUUCUGUCUGGGGAAAAUAUUUCCAUACUGGUUUCUCUACUCGAGAGCCUUGGCGGGAGCUGAAGCAGUCAAUGCCUUAAGGCCUUUCUGUUUUGCUGUGCAUCCAGAUUUCUUUGGACAGCAGCCCCAGGAAAGGGAAGUCAAUGAAAAUUCUCUUAAGAGAUUAAGUGCCUACUUAGAAAACCUCCAGAAGCCAGGGUUCAAGUCUUUGAAACCAACUCAGCUCAUGUUUUAUGUAAGAGAAACAGACCAGAAUUCCUCCGAUGGCCAGGAGCACUUUAGCACUUCCGGGUUUCGAGCAGUCAGAUUUACUUUGCACACCUGAGAUCUGCUAAACACAGUAUUAUAUAUUCUCAACUCCUGCAGUUUAUCUAUUGAGCAUGUCCAACGCUUGAAUAAUAAUGUGAACUCCCAGAUUCUCAAAGAGGCCAAAGGGAUAUCUGACAGGCCCAUCAAAUGGGAAAAGUCUUACUACCCCUUUACUGGAUUCAAGGACCCUAACGAAGACCUUGAGCAAGUCUGGAGAAUGGAAACAACCCUAACGUCCUGGUUAGAUAACAACAGGGAAAGUGCUGUUAAAAAGUUGAAGAACAGUUUGCCGCUUAGAAAAGAACUAGAUCGUUUAAAAGAUGAACUGUCCCAUCAGCUGCAGCUCUCAGACAUCAGGUGGCAGAGGAGCUGGGGCAUCGCGCAUCGCUGUAGCCAGCUGCACAGUCUAGGCCGCCUAGCCCAGCAGAACUUGGAAACACUGAAAAAUGCAAAAGUAUUUGCACAGUGCUAAAAGAAUGAAGCCUGUAUGGACAGUGACCAGAGG